AUGUUUGACGAAAACCCAUCGCGAUCCCAAGAGCCCACAAGAAGCCAAAGUAGGAGUGCUGUCUCAUCCGCAGGGAGUUCUUGCUACGACUCGGACUUGCCCCGCGUCUCUUCGGAAGGCUACGGCACUGAGCGAAACCAGGUGCCACAGCGCUCGGGAACCAUCAAGACUAUUGUCCAUGCCGUCGUGCCCGAUGCAGUUCAGCAGACGGCUCGGAAUGUCACCGAUUUGGUACGGAAGAGUAGUAUCUACGAUGUGUACACUCGAGCCAAGUCAAGAGGCGUCGAGCUGGAACGCAAACGUUGGGUGCAGAUCUUGUUCGAGUGCAGCAUUUAUCUUCUUCUCGUCUGCUUCAUCUACUUCGUCCUCGUUGGAAUGCCCCUCUGGCAUGGGGCCGUGUACUGGAUGUACUGGGUUGUGGAUACAAAGUUUGUUCUUCCGGGGGGGUGGUCCAUCACCCUUGGAAUCGCUGUGCUAUACUCCUUCUCCCCCCUCCUGAUCUUCUUCGAGAAGGAGCCGCCCAUUAUCGAACACCCCGCCGACUUCGACCGAAACGAGAUCCCCGGAGUCCGUGGCACCGCCCUCCUAAUCCCCUGCUACAAAUCCGCCAACAUAGUCGGCCCCACUCUGGCCGCCGCACUGAAAGUCUUUCCCCCAUCCAAUAUCUUCGUCAUCGCUAACGGCAACUCCCCCACGCCCCUGGACACUACCGAGGAGGUCUGCCGUCCCUACGGCGUGAACCACAUCUGGUGUCCCGUCGGCUCUAAGAUUGUGGCCCAGUUUGUUGGGUGCUACGCGGCUAAGGGGUUCGAGAAUGUCUUGCUCAUUGACGAUGACUGCGCUUUGCCGCCCAAUUUCCCUGUUGUCAGUGACAGGUUGAAGGGCAAUGUUCAAUCGAUUGGGUAUACAAUCAAGAGUGUGGGCCCUGACUCGUCCAAGGGAACGUGGUGCCAGCAGGCUCAAGACCUCGAGUAUAAGAUUUCAGGUUUGCAGCGCGCACUGGCUGGGGAAAUCGGAAGUGCGACUUUUCCACACGGCGCCAUCUCGCUGUGGAAUAGGCAGUUCCUCAUCCGCACAUUCCACGACCAUCCUGGUUUCUCCGUGUCCGAGGAUUGGUUCUUUGGACACAGCUGCCGGCGUCUGGGCGGGCGAAUUAAGAUGUGCACUUCAAUUUUUGUCGAGACGGAAACCCCUCCCGCCGUGUUCUUCAGCAGUGGGGGCAGUCGGGGCGGCUUCGGUGAGAUGACAGUCUUUAAGCAGAGAUUCCUGCGCUGGAAUUUCUUCUUUGUGAAUGGCAUGUGGUACAACAUGGCGUACAUCUUGUUUAGCUGGAAGCUUGGUUGGUGGGAGAUUGGUGCGAAGCUGUUCGUUUUUCAGGAGGUCUACGAAACUCUCCUGUACCUCCUCACACCAUUCGUCAUCACCAUCUCAUUCAUCGUUCAGCCAUCCUUCUGCGGCAUCCUGCUCGGCGGCACUGUCUUACUCUACUUAAUCAACGUUUUAAUAUUCAACGAGGUGCAUUUGCGGAUGCGGAGUGAGCGAAUCAGCUGGACGGUGCUGCUCGUGUAUUAUAUGCCUUACAAACUAAUCCUCACCCUCGUCAACGUUGGCAGCUGCUACUGGUCCCUCUACAAAUACGCUCGCUAUUUCGCCAAACGCCACCCAAAAGUGAUCGAGGACGAAAAAGCAGUCGAGGUCGUCAUGCGUCUCGAGGAGAUGACGCCCGUGGGUAGCCCGACCGGCAGCAUCCACAGUAACGACAUUAUCAACAACGAUCUCGACGAUGAUGACGAAGAUCUGUCAGGUGGUCGCAGGAUGCGCGUCACUGCCGUCGGCACCCGGCUGAACCUGGAACACACCGAUCGGGUCGUCUUGCCCAAGAUAGAGACCGUCACGGUCAACAAAAGAACCAGCUUCAUCGCAGGUGCUGAGGACUGCAUUACAUGUACGCCCUCACUGCUUGGGCCGCAAGAGCUGGAAGAAAGACAGGUCCAGAUUAUGGAUUUUGCCUCGGCAGAAAAUCCUAGUACGUUACCACCGCGGUUAUCGCUUGGGUUCGAUAGGGGGAGGGAAAAGACUAGCUGGUCGAAGAGUCCUGUAUGA